GUUAAUGUGCAAACACCUUUUUGAAACUAAAGUGUCAGGAAAGAAGUUUCAAAUAGAAGAUUUUAACUUCUCUCCUGGCGUUUGGUGUAAAAGUGAGGCGAUGCUCGUGCGCUUUGUUUCUUCCGCUUACGUCAGAAAGUUACUUUUAUGACUUUAUUUGGGUCAAAAGGUAGUUAGUGAAGCUAGUUCCGCCUUGCUUUCUCCCAGUGAUGGACAGCAGCGACAAGUGUCAAAAGUAAUCAGGGGUCAACGAAAUACGGGGGAAAAACGUCUCCUUCCUUUUGGAUACACUAUCUCACAAGUUGAGCGGUUACAAGUACAGAUAGUCGUGGAUUGUUGCAUCUCACAAGGAUUUCGCCUCGCGUGUCAAGCAGAAGAGAUGGUGGCAAAUAUCAGCUCAAUCUGAAUACAUAAAGUGGUGAUGACUGUGUCCUGGCAAACGGAGCGCCGUAAUCACUUUGCUGCUAAGUUGUCCUGCUGGAACAAGAAGUCACAGCUAAACCGCAAGGACGGCACUGGGGAGAUCCUUCAGUAGAAGAGCUGCUGACUGCUGAGUUUUGGACAUUGUGAUGGAAAAUCCUGAUGAUGAGGUCGACAGCACAACAGGCGGUGGUGAAGACGGAAACUCUGGUGGGGGAACACCUCCAACCAAACGCAAAGGCAAGUUCUCCAAGAUGGGAAGGAUCUUCAAGCCCUGGAAAUGGAGAAAGAAGAAGCCAAGUGAGAAGUUCGCUGAAACAUCUAUAGCUUUGGAAAGAAAGAUUUCUGUUAGAAAAAGUCGGCAAGAGCUGAUUGCGAGAGGGGUUCUAAAGGACAUCCAGGAGAAUGAGAGCAAUGAUGUGAACCACUCUAAAGCUCCUCCAGUGAAAAAUGGGCACCCCAUGCCAAUGGACGUGGACAGGGUGUCGGAAGCCGGGGUGCGGGUUUCUCGGGGGGAGUCUGACAUGAAGGCGAACGCCCUCAGGCUGCCCCAGGGAGAUGAACGUCGAAACAGAGCGGCGUCUGACGCCUCCCGAAGUAACCGGGCACCUCUGGAUGUGGACUCUCACGCGCGGCUUACUGUGGACGUGGACAGACGAAGCCGCCUCCCGUCAGAUGUUGAUAAGAGAGGAGGAUCUUUACCCCGAGGGCCUCCUCAAGAUGAUAGAUACCGCAGAGAGGAGAGGAGAGAAGGAAAAGAUGACAGGGAAGACAGAGGAAGGAAAGACAGGGAAGACAUGGAAAGAAGGGACUGGCGAGAGGAAAGGGAACGGGAUGGGGGAGUUGACCGGAGGGAAGACAGAGACAUCAGAGAAAGGCGAGAAUGGAGAGAUGACCGAGAGAGGAGAGAUGAAAGGACAGACAGGAGAGAUCGUGACGAGAGAGAACGGCGAGAUCGCGACGAGAGAGAACGCCGGGAUCGCGAUGAGAGGGAACGAAGAGAUCGUGACGAGAGAGAACGGCGAGAUCGCGACGAGAGAGAACGGCGGGAUCGCGACGAGAGAGAACGGCGGGAUCGCGACGAGAGGGAACGAAGAGAUCGCGAUGAGAAAGAAAGGAGGGAUCGGGACGAGAGGGAAAGGAGGGACCACCGAGACAAGAGAGAUGACAGGGAUCGGCGGCUUGAGAGGGACAGAAGAGACAACCGAGAUGACAGAGAAGAGCGAGAUGACAGAGAUAGAAAAGACGACAGAGACAGGCGGGACGACAGAGAGAGGAGAGAGGACAGGGACUGGGCCAAGAGAAAUGAAAGGGAGCGACGAGAUGAGCGGGAAAAGAGGGAGGAGAAGGAGAGGAGAGAAAAGCCGGACGAGUCGCGGCCUAUAGUCAGACCUGUCUCUGAGAUAAACCUGAGGCCUCCUCUGCAGAAGAGCUCCUCAGAGGACGUCAAGAAGACUCGCCCUGCCUCGGAGUCUGACCGGAGGAGUACGCUGCCCAGAUACAGCCCAGUCACAGAGUUCAGAGAACGCUCAGAGUCUGCUGUUGUACGCUCCACCCCUGACCCUCAUCCAACACAAGACUCGCAGCAGGAUCCUCCCCCGCCCAAACAAGCUCUGCUUCCCCCAAAAUUCCUCACUGCUUCCUCCACCGAGUCUGCCAGGAGUCCAACCCCCUCUUCCUCUUCAUCCUCAUCCUCCUCAUCCUCCUCCUCGUCCUCUGUUCCUGUGGCUGCGGCCAAGCCGCCAAGGACUGUCUCCCUAAUAGCCGAUGACUCCUCUCGACCCUCCCUUGCUGCUUCUUCCUCAGCAGACCCUGUCACGCCGCCCCCUGUCCCUCCCCACGCCAAGCAGCCUCCCGUCCCUCCACCCAAACCCAGCAACCGCCACAGCAACCCUGCACUGCUCGCUUGCUCAUUGAACAGGGGCUCUAAGGCCAGGCAGCCUUGUUACUGGACCAGCUGGAGACGCCAGAGCGAGCUCGGCCUCUACCUCUCUCUGCCCGUGUACCUGCAGCACAGGGCUGGAGGGACCCGCUCAGCGGAGCUUUCGCAGUCCGGCAGCGGCGUCAUCGUAGUCCCGGCGCCCGCUAAGCGUUCUCCACCGACCCCGCCGAAGAGGAUGACCCCCGUCACCAAGCGCUUCUCCGUGGAUCCUUCCCCUCCCAGUCAGAUCCCAGACUCCGCUCCCACUGAUCCAGCUGCUGCCCCUGCACCGGCGCACCCUGCUGUCCUGAAAGGAGAUAACAGCGAGGACAGAACGAACGCAGCAGCCCCUCAGACCUCCACCGACCCUCUGCCGGCACCGCCGUCCCACAUACCUCCGUCUCCUCCCAGGGUUCAGUCGCUCCAGCCGCCCAGCAACACCUCCUCCGGUCCUGCGUCCGCCGUGCAAGCGGAUCCCCCGAGCCCGACCACCGAGCCUCCCAGCCAGCCUCCAGCCAUCCCCCUGCACAUCCUCAUCCAGAGAGCCCUCGCCAGCCCCGGCCCGGCUCAGCCCAACCCGGACGGCUCCCAGAGAGCCCACUCACUACUGUUUGAGUCGCCUCCAGAUUUCCUCACCGAGGUCGGGGCCAACUCACGGCAUUCUCUCCCGAUCACCAUCGAACCUCUCAGGCUGCCAGAAGACGAUGACUUUGACAUGGAGGAGGAGAUGAGGAAGCUCCAGCCUCAGAGGCUUCCUCGUCAGCCUGAGCUGGAGCCCCGCAGCCGCAGGGGUUUGGUCGGAGACCCCAGAGUCAGCGUCAUCCCCGAGGGCGGAGGCCCCGGGGACAGCGAGGAGGAGUCCGACUCUGACGGCCCCAUCCUGUACAGAGACGACGACGACGAUGAGGACGAUGAGGAAGGCCCUCCGAGUGGGCUGGCGAGCCGCGUGAAGAGGAAGGACACGUUGGCGCUGAAGCUGGAGAGACAGGAGCGGGAGGAGCGGGACGCUCAGGAGAACCAGGACAGCAUGAGUUGGCACAACAGGGAGCAGUGGGUGGCGCUGAGGAACAAGAUCGGCACCACGCUGACACGGCGGCUGAGUCAGAGACCGACGGCGGAGGAGCUGGAGCAGAGGAACAUUCUUCAAGCCAAGAACGAAGCGGAUCGGCGAUUAGAGAGAUGCGAGAUCAAACGGAGGCUCACCAGAAAGCUGUCCCAGAGACCCACGGUGGCCGAGCUCCAGGCGAGGAAGAUCCUGCGUUUCCACGAGUACGUCGAGUGCACCCACGCCCACGACUACGACCGGCGAGCAGAUAAACCGUGGACCAAACUCACUCCUGCUGACAAGGCUGCCAUCCGCAAGGAGCUCAACGAAUUCAAGAGUUCAGAGAUGGAGGUUCACGAAGAAAGCAGGAUCUAUACCCGGUUCCAUCGGCCUUAGUUGUUGGUUCUGACCAGUGAAGCGCUCGCACCGGGAGUAUCCCCACUAUAAACUGACCGUGUGGCCCACUUGGUUCAUUUUUCUUUUCUUUUUUUCUUGUUGUGUGGCUGAUUGCCUGAUCACACGCGUCAGCUGAAGACACCUCACUGUCGCUAAACUCCACUAAACUGGAACCAAAGCGAAAGAAGCCGCAAAUCAGUUCAACCACGGCUGGUUCUCACACAUGCUCCGGUUCUUACACUGUGGAAUUCAGGACAAAGACAAAGGGUGGGGGGGGGGUUUGUUUGGCACCGGGCGCCAUCACUAAAGAGCGAGGAAUCCCUCCUCCCUCCCACUGCUGGAGACUCAGACUGAGUUUGAUUGAACAGAAAAGGGUAACUCUCGAAGGGGUUAUCUCGCAGAGGAAACCACUCUCACCAUGCCUUCACCUGCCUUCGUGACACGGCUUCUCGCUUCCUUGCAGAACAGGAAGUCUGUGCACAUAGAGAGAUAAUUGUAGCACUGAUGACGUUACCACUGAGUGAAUCUGGAGUCUGUUUAAACACUGUUUUAUAUGUGCAUGUUUGGUACUACACACGAUGCACCAGCCUUACUCCUCACGUGAUCUAACACACGUAAUUUUAAAAUGUAGACAAAAUGUGAACGAUGUUGGUGCGUUUAUUUAAACCUCAGUCGUAGCUUCUUCUGAAUCAACAGUCGAGCUCUGUGUGUAGAACCUCAGAGCGCCGAUCCCAGACUAAUACCCUAAUAUCUGUGCAUUUUUACUGUAUUUUCUCGAUCAUUUAAAUGAUUCUCAUGGAGCACAUAUCAUUAAAUUAUCUUCUAAUAAGGCACCUUAUGUUCCUUAAUUGGGUGUAUAGACAAUUUAAAGGUUUUCGAGCCUCAAAUUCUUUGUUUAUAAUUGAAUUAUUGAAGCCGGAAAAUGUACAUAUUUUUAUUUUCCUGGCUGUUUUACGGUACUUUAUAUACGCAAGUCAGUAGAUGGCUGCAAUUGUAUAGAUCAAUAUGUAGAUUUGAUUAACUUUAUAUUGUAUAUCUACAAGUAAUGCUGACAUGUUUUAAUUGUAAAGUAUUUCUCAAAUGUUAUUUCCAAGUAGAAAUGGUACAAAAUAUCUAUCUUUUUUUUUUCUUUUUUGAUACAGAGAUCUUUGACCUUUUUUUGCAACCACACUGUAUAAAUGAACAAUCCACUCAGAAAUUACAAUAAUCUGUGAUAUUCAUUUCAA